AGAGUCAUCAGAGCCGCUGCCUUCUCCCUCAGAGUCAUCUAUAAAGGCAACGAUGGAAACACCUGUACAUGAUCCAUCUGCAUCUCCUCAGCCUGUUCAAGCUCAGCAGUCGCCUAGUCUGCCUCGCAAGCGUCAAACGUAUGAUUUCAAAUUCGGAUCUAUCCUUGGUGAGGGCUCUUACUCUACUGUCCUCUCAGCAACUGAAAUCUCCACUGGUCGUCAUUUUGCAGUCAAGAUGCUUGACAAGCGACACAUUGUUCGAGAGAAGAAGACCAAAUAUGUUACAGUAGAACGAGAUGUUCUUAACCGUAUCCAUCAUCCCUUUGUCAUUAAGCUAUUUUACACAUUUCAAGACGACCAUUCACUGUAUUUUGUAUUGGAAUUGGCUGCACAUGGCGAUUUACUUGGUUACUUGAAGCAGGUUGGAAGAUUUGAGAUGGACUCGGCAAGGUUCUAUAUGGCUGAGGUGGUGUGUGGGGUCAAGUUUUUACAUGACAAUGGAGUGAUUCAUCGAGAUCUAAAACCAGAAAAUAUCCUUUUGAGCAAGUCCAAACAUAUCAAGAUUGCAGAUUUCGGUACAGCCAAGAUUUUAGACUCGUCUACAACACCGUCUUCAGAGCCAUCUCGUCGUGCAUCUUUUGUUGGUACUGCAGAAUAUUGCUCGCCUGAACUUCUCAAUGACCGUGAAGCAUCUCAUGCAUCGGAUGUUUGGGCGAUUGGAUGCAUCAUGUACCAGCUCUUGGUUGGCCAACCCCCUUUUCGUGGAAGCAACGAGUACCAAACUUUUCAAUGCAUCAUUCAACUCAAGUACAUGAUUCCAGAUGAGAUAGAUGCUGAUUCUGCAAGUCUUAUAAAAGACAUUUUAAAAAUAGUUCCCAAAGAUCGACCUGGUCUGACUCAAGUGCAGGCAUAUGCUUUUUUUAAUGGUGUCGAGUGGGUCGGAUUGGAAAAACGGGAAGCACCCGUUUUGAGGCAACUCGAUCCAUUACUCAAUGGUGUCAAUGAUGAGGAUAAUGUUGACAGGUUGGCGGAUGACAUUGACGAGCUCGAACUUUUUGAUAGUUCAGGAAAUUCUGGGUAUGAUAAAAAAACUAGCGAUGAAGACCAUGAUCAAAGCUGAAUUGUAUAGAUGUAUUGCAAACAUGGUCCUUGUGGAGCUAGGUCUGUGCUAAAACUACACAGUUUCGAUUAUAUGAACUAAAUAAAGACAUUGCGAAUG